AUGUGGAAGUGGCUCUCAAGAUGUGUGCCCGGGCUAAGCUUGUUGUUACUCAUCGCUCUACUGUGUCUUGCCUUUCCAGAUGCUAUGAGCAGGCCUCCUGACAUUUUACCUUGGUCGAGGAAUCAUCAUCCUCCUCCCACAACUCCUCAUGGGAACGGCCCCCCGAGACAUCCAAUGCCCUUGUCAUUAACUCAGAAGACCUUUCUUGGAUAUACCCUGCUAGUUCACUUUAAUGCUUUCACUUUCGUGUGCAGGUUAGCCCAGGCAUUCUCGCGGAUGCUUAAGGAGACACGCGCCGUACUGCGCCGACGUCCAUCGUCCCAAUCCUCCUCCUGCACACCUUCCUUUUGUGACAGCCCGAUGAUGACUCCUAGUAUAUCGACCGAACACCCUAUCUGCUUCGAUUUGGGAUCCCUAGAAGACGGCAAGGAGGGUGAAGUUAUUCAUGCAAUAAUAUUGCCCAAUUACUCCGACGAUCUGGGCACGCUUCAAACAACAUUAAGAGUUCUUGCUUAUCAUCCCCGCGCUGCCACUCAAUACGAGGUCUUCCUUGCCAUGGAACAAAAAGAGAUCACUGCCCCCGAAAAAGCGGCAACUCUUAUUUCAACCUUUCAAGAACGCUUUCGGGAUAUUUCUGGCACCUUUCAUCCUGCUGGCCUCGCGGGGGAAAUCAGCGGCAUGGGUUCUAACGUGGCUUGGGCUGCUAAACAUAUUGUAGAAACACGCACAGAGGACACCGUGGACUGUCGCGAUGUGAUAAUCACUGUCAAAUGGAUGGCAACCGACACCCACCUCUCGCAGGAUUAUUUCAACGAGAUUCGCCAUAAGCAUUGGCAACACAACGCCGAGGCUGAACGCGCAUUUUACGCCUCUCCAAUCAUUUUCGAUCGUAAUUCGAAUAGUGUCCCAAUUCUUGUCCGAUGUGCCGAUCUGCUGUGGGCGUUUGCUGGUGUCUCGGCCAUGUACCCCGGCUGUUCGAUCAUCAUUCCCACCUCUGUUUACUCUUUACCGCUAGCUCUCGCAAAGAGAGUUGGUGGAUGGGAUGGAGAUCCAACUGCCAUUGGCGAGGACAUGCACAUGCUUCUGAAAUGCUAUUUUGAGACGGCUGGUGACAUUGUUACGCACGUUAUCGCCAGCCCCGCGAGUCAAUGUAAUAUCCAAAGCACGGGUGAUGACAACUGGGGCCCAGGUGCCUUGACCCUUUUUGCAAGAUACCGACAAGCCCUGCGUCACAUGUGGGGAUCUCUAGACACCGGAUACUCGGUUCGUCAGAGCGUAGGAUGCCUUGUCGGCAAAGGAUCUCGUCGUUUUCAGCUGAAAGUUCGACAUUUGGCCUUGUUUCAUCUUCUCUUUGAGGCACAUUUCCUUCCGUGCCAUUUAACAGUCCUACUUGUGUUCUCUGCUGUGUACACGGCCUGUGUCCCUGCAUCAAGCAUGAACCCGACCCUGGCGUGGGCAUUUUGGAUCACCGGAGUGCUCCGCGGACUAGUGCUCCGCGGACUGUCCUUUGUUGGAAUGAAUGCAUGCAUCACGCUUUAUGAUUCUUGGUAUGAUAUCUGCGUUGGAGCUCGUGCUCGUGACAUGACCAAAGCUGGCGUGAAUGAUACUGGAUUCUCAUUCAGGAAAUGGUAUCACCCACGACAGCUUGCUGAAAGAGUCUGUUUCCCCAUCGCGGGUACAGUUUUCGGGUCGAUUCCAGCUAUUCAUGCCGAAUUAUCUCAUUUCUGGACUGAUCGAUUGGUGUACCGUGUCAGCAAAAAACCAACGUUUGCUUCGGCUCCAGUCGCUCUUCCUGUCUAG